CUUCGACGACCUCACUCAGCUAGUGCUACUGCUAGCGUUUCAUCAAAACAUUUCAUAUUUAUAUUCUGUUGUCAGGUCAUUAACUUUCCUUCAGCGAAAUAUUGCUUAUUUGUUUAUUCAGACAAAACUGUAGAAAUGCGUGAUCAACACAUUUGUUUGGAUGAGCAGUUAUUACUGUUCAUGGACCAGCUCGAGGCUUUGGAAGAGAAAAGGCACAAACUGAAUUCACUUAUAGAAGGGGGAUGGUUUUCUAUAGCCAAGGCACGUUAUUCAAUGGGAAAUAAGCAAGUCUCCUCUUUACAGUAUGCAAGUGAGAUGGAACCGCUUGUUCAUGUGGAGGACAGCUUGAUGGAAAGUGGAACAGUUGAGUUUAAAUGUAACAGAACAGAAAACAAAACGGAUGAAUUGACAAAAAAUAACUCGAUAGAAGACAUUGGAGCAAAGGAGGGAGUUCUUAGAAGGAGAAUAAAUACCAAACAAAAGGAAAAUAAAGAGGAAGGUGCUUCUGAGCAACAGGAGACUGACCAUCAAGGAAAAACUAAGACUGAGUCAACCACACCAGAAAACAGAGAUCCUUUAAAAUGGUUUGGAAUUCUUGUACCACAGAAUCUGAAACAAGCUCAAGCUGCUUUUAGGGAAGUGAUCACUCUCUCAGCAGAGAUUGCGUCCGUACAGAGUACAAUAUUGGCUACAAGGAAAGAAAUGCAGGCCCAGAUGAAAGAAAUGCAAGAGAAAUCAGGAAAGAGCAAACCAGAAAUAAUAAAAGAUUAACAGUUACUUUUUCUUACUUUAAUUCUAUAACUUUAAUUUAUUAACAAUUGUAUGAACAUUGAAGGGAUAGUUCAGCCAAAAAUGAAAAUUCUGUCAUGAUUUACUUUCUAGUGGUUCCAAACCGGUAUAAAUAUUUUUGUUUGUUUGAACACAGGGAAAGAUAUUUGGAAGAAUACUUGUAACCAAAAAGUUAUUGGACCCCACUAGUCAAAAGGUAGUCAAAAGUGCCCUUAAACGGUUUGCUGUCAUACAUUCCUCAAAAUAUCUUCUUUUGUGUUCAACAGUAUAAAAAUCAGUAGUCGAUGGGGUCAAGGAACUGUUUGGGUCUUCCAAAAAAUCUUUCUCUGUGUCCAUCAGAACAAAGAAAUUUAAACAGAUUUGCAAAAACUUGAGGGUAAAAAUGACAGAAUUUGUAUUUUUGGGUGAACUAUCCCUUUAAAAAGACACAUCCCCACGGUGUGUUUGACAACUGUUUUUAUUUAUAAAAUGUUUACUGAUGGGACCUCUUGAGCCAUUGUUAAUGUUAGCUGUAGUAAAGCAUGACGAAUAAUGCAUUGUUUUUACGGGUAAAGCUCAUUUAAUAAGUAUACUUCAAAAAAUGAUGUAAAUGAUUUGUAAAAAUAAUUGUGGUCUAUUAAAUGCAAAUAUGCUUCAUA